AUGGAGGACAACUUGACGUACCUGCUGGGCAGAGAGGCCUCUGAGGACUUGUCGGUGGGUUACAUGUCGCCAACAUCUAACUCCUCUGCAGCCUAUGAAUAUGCCUUCUUCUACCCAGAACUGCACCUCAGCUGUGAUCUUGAAAACAUUCCAGCAUUUGCAUCAACCUUUUUUCCAGUGCUGUACUCCCUACUGUUUGUGACUGGCCUUGUGGGAAAUGCUUUGGUUGUUUGGGUCCUAACAGUCUUCAAGAAAGUCAGGGCCAUGACUGACGUGUAUCUGCUGAACCUCGCCAUCUCUGACCUCCUCUUUGUCUUCUCCCUCCCCUUCUUGGUUCAGUACUCCAUCAGGAGCCAGUGGACUUUUGGAAAUGUGAUGUGUAAAAUCAUCAGCUCAGCUUACUUCAUUGGUUUCUACAGCAGCACCUUCUUCAUAACCAUUAUGAGUGUCGACAGGUACUUGGCCAUUGUCCGGUCUGUCUAUGCCCUACAGGUGCGGACAACUGCCCAUGGGGUUAUCAUCAGCCUGGUCCUUUGGGCAGUGGCCAUUUUAGCAUCAGUGCCAGACUUAAUUUUUUUCCAGGAAAUGAACUACAAUAACCAGACAAAGUGCAUCCCUCACUAUCCUGACAGCAACAACGGCUGGAAGACUUUCAGUAAUUUUGAAGUCAAUAUCCUAGGGUGGCUGAUCCCUGUUGGUGUCCUCAUUUUCUGCUACCACAGCAUCUUGAAAAACCUGCAGAAGUGCCAUACUCAGAACAAGUACAAAGCAAUGAAACUGGCUUUUAUUAUCGUCAUUGUGUUCUUCCUCUUCUGGACCCCUGUCAACAUCGUGCUUUUUCUGGACUCACUGAGGAACAUGUACAUCAUUGACGACUGCCAGACAAGCCAAAGGCUAGACCUAGCCAUGGAGCUGUCUGAGGCACUCUCCUUCAUCCACUGCUGCCUCAACCCGGUCAUCUAUGCCUUUGUGGGUGAGAAGUUCAAGAAGCAUCUCCACGAAGCUUUCAGAAAAUGCGCACGUUUUCUGUUCAUCUGCAAAGACUACCGCGCUUUCGACGGGCGCAGCCUGGACAAGCACUCCUCUCUGCCCGCCACUUCCUCACAGUCCUCUUUUGUUGGCACUGUCUUGUAG